AUGAACGAGAACCAAAUAUACUGCGAAAAGUGCGGAUUCCCCCCAGAGUACUGCGAGUAUUCUCUUGUGUGCAAGGGAGCCAAGAAAGAAACACAGCCGAAAGUAGACGCAAAGAUUAUUGUCACAACGAAAAGAGUGUCUGGAAACAAGAAGGUAACUCUUGUGAGGAAUCUCCACCUGCUCAUGAGCCAAGCAGCAAUGAAAGAGCUAGCAAAGAAGUGCUCAAAAACAAUCGCAUGCGGGUCCAGUCUCAUCAAGAACGGAAGCGGCACAGAAGACAUGUCUGUCCAAACAACAGAAGACCACAGGGUCAUAGAGAUCCUUGUCAAAGCAGGCAUUUCCAAGGACAAGAUAGAGAGAAUCGUUAAAUCCUAA